AUGUUGCAACGCUCCUUCUCUCUGCUGAGUAUGGCUAAGCAGAAGGUCUAUGAACUUCGUGUCUACGAUAUAAUUCCGAAUAAGUACGACACGUUUCAUCGCAUGUCGAUGGAGCUUCUCCCAUUACGAACGGCGGUGAGUAGGUGCCAAGGCUACUGGGUAGUGCAAAUUGGCGGCCUCAACCAGAUGGUACAUCUCUGGGAGUACGACUCUCUGCGGCAUCGCUACCAGAUACGCAAUAAGAUUGACCGUGACACGGAUUGGACGCGUCGCUACACGUAUCCGCGUCAGGAAUGUUUAUCGUCGCAGACAAACAUGUUGAUGCGUAUGACAUACCGUGAAGGCAAUGUCAGCACCAACAGCUUCAAGUACAUGAUGAAGAUUACACCGGAGAAGGAGUUGGUAUUGACAACGCCUGGGGUAACGUUGGCAGCUUCCUACCUUGUCACAAUCGGUGAGCAUGAGGGAAAGUACUUUCAUCUUUUGAAGGGAAUGAUGCUGGAUGACCUUCUGCAGGUGGAGUCGAUACCUGGUAGCGUUUCGAAGAUUAUGGGUCCGGCACGCUGGUCCUCGUCAAUAGGAUGUAUUUGGCGUUGA